GAUUGAGCUUUGAUAAUUUGUCUUCACCGUCACUCAAGAAGUGCUUCACAUACUGUUCAAUUUUCCCAAAAGGUGGCAAAAUUGUGAAGCAGGAGCUGAUUGAACAAUGGAUGGCAGAAGGUUUUCUUCAGCCAAAUCGAAGAGAUGAUAUGGAGUCUGUGGGCGACAUGUUCUUUAAUAUUCUUCUACAAAACUCUUUGUUGCAAGUUGCAGAGAGAGAUGAUAUUGGAAAUGUGGAGAGUUGUGUGAUGCACGAUCUUGUGCAUGAUCUGGCAUCUUCUGUUUUGGGUGGUUCUAAUAAUGCAGAUGGCUGCAACCAAAUCAGAUACAUCACUCUUCAAGGGUCAAAGCCUGUGCCAAAACAAGUGGCAAAACAUUUGCGUACAUUGUUCUUGGAAGGUGAAGAAAUUCCGGGUAACAUGUUGUCCAACUUGGAAAGUCUGCAUGUUCUUACUCUUAAGAGUGAUGGAGUUGAAGAGCUGCCCAAUUCAGUUAGGAAGAUGAUACAUUUGAGAAAUCUUAAUAUUUCAAAUACGAGAAUUAAGAAUUUGCCAGACUGGAUUAGUGAAUUCCAUCACUUGCAAACAUUAAGAGCCAAGUGGUUGUGGAAUAUAUAGUCCGUUUCUGCUGCCAAGUACGUUAAAGUACAUGAUUAACUUAAGGCAUGUUUAUAUCGACGAUGGUGUGAAGUUGCCUGCGGAAAUUGGGAGAUUAACUUGUCUCCAAACCCUAAGGCACUUUAGAGUGGGUGACCACAAGGGCUAUCGAAUUGAAGAGCUGGGAAGUUUGAAGAAUCUCAAAGGAAAACUAAAGAUUAGUAGUUUGGAAAAGGUGCAUAGCAAAGAAGAGGCAGAGAAAGCAAAGAUAUUUGAGAAGCCAAACUUAUUUGAUUUGGGGUUUGAAUGGGAUGAGAAGAGAGAAGGUGAAAGAAAUGAUGAUGAGGGUGUGUUGGAAGGCCUGCAACCUCAUGCAAAUGCCAAUCUGAAGAAGUUAGAGAUUGAUGGAUUCAAAGGCAAAAGAUUUCCAGAAUGGAUUGAGAAGAUGGCAGUACGGGAUGGGCCUCAAGCCUCUUGGCUACCACUGACCAACUUGAUUCAGAUAACACUCGAGAGGUGCUCAGAAUGUGAGGAAAUCCCACAGCUGGAGCACUUGCCAAAUCUCAAAUCUCUUUCUUUGAUAGGAUUGGAGAAGGUGAGGUUCAUAAAUUCUUCAUUCAAUAAUUUAACAUCCCUCAAAAUAGAAGAGUUGGAGGGAUUGGAAUGUCUGCCAGAUUGGUUAUUCUAUAAGAAUCAGAAUCUAUCAGAGUUGGAGAUAUGGAAAUGCCCCAGGUUGAGAGAAUUACCAGAUGGACUGGACACCCUCAAUUCUCUGGAGAAGUUGACUAUUUAUGAAUGUCGAAAUGUGAAGUCAAUAGGGAAUCCAAGUGGCAGAGAAGGACAAUCACAAGGAAUCCUACGCGAACUCAGGAUUCAAAGUUGCGAAGGGUUGAUGGUUUUGCCACGUCAAAUGCUAGAGUCAUGGGCGCCAACAAUCGAGUCUCUGGAAUUGAAUGGAUUAAGCAGCCUAGAGAAUCUACCGCUGGUAAUUGACUGCCUCGCUAAAGCAGCGAGUCUCAGAGAAUUGACAAUUGUUGGUGUUCCUAAAUUCUUCAUGUCUACUGAUAGUGUCAAGAGUUGGGGUUUAGGCUGCUUAAGAGAAUUACAAAUAGAUGUGAGUGAGGAGUGGUCAAUGGAGAGUAGUGUUGGCAUUAAACAGACUGUGGAUGCCUUAUUGCAACCAUGCUGCAACUCACUCAUUAGUUUCGAAUUAAAAGGGGUGGAAAAUUGGGAGUGGUUACCAGAAUCAAUUCAACAUCUCACAGCUCUUGAUUGGUUAGAGUUACAUAAUUUAGGGGUAGAAGAAUUGCCUGAAUGGUUGGGGAACCUUCCAUCUCUAGGGUGGUUAUAUAUAAAUAGUUGCAACAAGUUGAGGCGUCUGCCCUCUUGCUGGGGGGAUGCAUUGGAGGAAUUACAUAUUGACAAUUGUGGGGAAUUAGAAGAAUUGCCUGAAUGGUUGAGGAAGCUUCCAUCUCUACGGGUCUUACAUCUAAAUAGUUGCAACAAGUUGAGGCGUCUGCCCUCUUGCUGGGGGGAUGCAUUGAAGUGGUUAAAUAUCAAAGAUUGUGGGGAAUUAGGCAUUGAUCCUAUUCCUGCAGAGUGGCACAACAACUUUCCCAAUCUCACCGUCUGGGUUGACGGCCGCAAAAUUAAACCUUGCAGCAUGCCAGCAAAACUUCAACAAUGUUGAGUCGAUGCUUCCGCAAGAGAAAUUGAAGCUAUAGAUAAUGAUUGUCCAUUUAUAGAGUUGCUUUCUUCAUCUACACAUUUUUGUUUUACUAUUUGUCAAUUUUUUUAUGCUUGGUUGUUUUUUUCCUGUAGAUUUUAAGAAUGCAAACUACAGAUAUCAUGUUUCUUGAGCAUUGUUUUUCUUUUCUGUCUUUUGAGGAAAUAAAAGGUGUUGAAGUAGCUUUCAUUUUAA